AUGGUAACCCUCAUUACUUCUCCCCUACGCCUUCGAUCCGGAGCUCAUCAAGAGGAGAUCUCCCUAUAUCUUAUUCACUUACCAGAGUUUCCAGUGGUCCUUGGUUUUCCUUGGCUCAGUCGGCAUAAUCCCCAGAUUGAUUGGGUGACAGGCCAGAUAUCUGAGUGGGGACCUACCUGCCAUGCUACAUGCCUCUUUUCUAGCUCUCCACCUCCUCCUACCGAGUCUCUAGAUCCUACCGAGUUAUCCCAAGUUCCUGCCGAGUACCUCGACCUGAAAGAGGUUUUUAGUAGAACCCGAGCUGCUUCCCUUCCGCCUCACAGACCUUAUGACUGUGCCAUAGAUUUACUGUCGGGUACUAGUCCUCCUCGUGGACGGUUGUUUUCCCUCUCUUUACCAGAGCACAAAGCUAUGGACAAUUAUAUUCAGGACGCAUUAGCCUCUGGUAUCAUCCGUCCAUCUACUUCUCCCGCUGGGGCUGGUUUUUUCUUCGUCUCCAAGAAGGAUGGUGGCUUACGGCCGUGUAUUGACUAUCGGGGCUUAAAUAAGAUUACUGUGCGCAAUCGCUACCCUCUACCCUUAAUGUCCACAGUUUUUGAUAUUCUUCAAAGUGCCAAGAUUUUUACUAAACUAGACUUGCGUAAUGCUUAUCACCUGGUCCGCAUACGUGAAGGUGACGAAUGGAAGACUGCAUUCAAUACCCCUUCUGGUCAUUACGAGUAUCUGGUUAUGCCUUUUGGUCUAACAAAUGCCCCAGCAGUUUUUCAGGCCUUCAUCAAUGAUGCUCUCAGGGACAUGAUUAACCGGUUUGUAUUUGUCUACUUGGACGAUAUACUAAUCUUUUCAAAGUCUCCACAGGACCAUCGCCACCAUGUGCGACAGGUUCUCCAAAGGUUACUCCGAAACCACCUUUAUGUCAAACCACAGAAGUGUGAAUUCCAUCUCCGAGAGACUACUUUUCUGGGAUUCAUCAUCAGGGAGGGUCAGAUACAGAUGGACCCCAAUAAAACCCAGGCAGUGUGGGAUUGGCCCACUCCAAGCUCCAUCAAAGAGGUCCAACGCUUCUUGGGAUUUGCUCAUUUUUAUCGGAGAUUUAUCAGAGGGUUCAGUUCCGUGGCAGCACCCAUUUCAGCUCUUACCAAGAAGUCCAGACACCCCUUCAGGUGGAACCUAGAGGCAGAGGCAGCUUUCCAGGAGCUCAAGCAACGCUUUACCUCUGCACCCAUCUUGGCUCUACCCGAUCCUGCUAGACCCUUCAUUGUUGAGGUGGAUGCCUCAAAUGUAGGUAUAGGAGCCAUUCUUUCCCAGCGCUACUCUGAUGAAAAGUUACACCCAUGCGCCUUUCUAUCUCACCAUUUAAGCCCUACUGAGUCCAAAUACGAUGUGGGUGACCGUGAACUGCUUGCAGUUAAGAGGGCUCUGCAGGAAUGGAGACAGUGGCUAGAGGGUGCUCAGCACCCAUUCAUUGUCUGGACUGAUCACAGAAACCUGGAGUACCUGAAGCAAGCAAAACGUUUGAACCCUCGCCAAGCUCGCUGGGCCAUGUUUUUUAGUCGUUUUGAUUUUACGCUUUCCUAUCGCCCAAACUCAAAGAACACCAAGCCUGAUGCCCUGUCAAGGCAGUUUUCCUCAGCUGAGCAGGAGAACGACAAAGAACCUAUCAUCCCGAUCUCCCGAAUUGUGGCUCCCAUUCGCUGGGGAAUCGAGACGACGGUUAAACGGGCUCAACAACUGGAGUCUAACCCUGGAACCGGUCCAGCCGGACUUUUGUACGUUCCUCAAGGGGUACGUUCUCAGGUACUUCAGUGGGGGCACUCGUCUCAUCUGACUGCCCAUCCUGGAUCUAAAAGAACCUUGGAAUUUCUUCAAAGACGUUUUUGGUGGCCAGACAUGGAGAGGGAUGUUAAGGCUUUUGUGGGGGCCUGCGCUAUUUGCGUCCAAAGCAAAACUCUCCAUCAACGCCCUCAAGGGUUACUACAUCCUCUUCCUAUCCCAAGCCGCCCCUGGUCCCAUUUGUCCAUCGACUUCAUCACAGGUCUUCCGGAAUCUCAAGGUAACACUGUUAUUUUAGUAGUGGUCGACAGGUUCUCUAAGGCCUGUCGCUUUAUUUCUCUUAAGAAACUGCCUUCUGCUUUUGAAACUGCCAAACUAAUCUUUGAUCAUGUCUUCCGAGUUUUCGGGAUUCCACAGGACAUUGUCUCAGACCGGGGACCCCAAUUCUCCUCCCAAGUUUGGCGGGCAUUCUGCAAACAGAUUGGGGCCACGGCUAGCCUGUCCUCUGGUUUUCACCCUCAGUCCAAUGGGCAGACCGAGCGGAUUAAUCAAGAGCUUGAAUCCACUCUAAGGAGUCUGGUGAUGGACUGCCCCUCUUCCUGGAGUUCUCAAUUACCAUGGGCGGAAUAUGCGCACAAUACUCUCCAGUCUUCAUCCACCAAGAUGUCCCCUUUCCAGUGCCAGUUUGGUUUCCAGCCACCUCUCUUUCCUGAGCAAGAGGAGGACAUCAGAGCACCCUCAGUCCUUCAUUACAUGAGGCGUUGCAGAAGGACCUGGAGAAAAGUUCGUCGGACACUGCAGCAGGUCUCCAUAAUCAACCAGCGCCAAGCCAAUCGACAUCGAAGGCCAGCCUUGCAGUACCGCCCUGGCCAAAGAGUCUGGUUGUCCUCAAGGAACAUUCCUUUGCGGGUGGAGUCCCGCAAACUUGCCCCCCGUUACAUUGGUCCUUUUAUGGUAAUCCAAAGAAUCAACCCAGUCACUUACAAGCUCCAGUUGCCCCGCUUCCUCAGAAUACACCCCACCUUCCAUGUGUCCUUGCUACGACCGCUCCUUUCCUCACCGCUUGCUCCUGUGCCCAAAGUUCCCCCUCCCUUCCGAAUCAUUGAGGGCCAACCAGCCUUCACUGUCCACCGCCUACUGGACUCCCACCGGGUUCACGGCAGGGUUCAGUAUUUAGUUGAUUGGGAGGGUUAUGGUCCGGAAGAACGCUCCUGGGUGCCUGCCCGGGACAUCCUGGACAAAGAUCUCAUCAGGGACUAUCACUUCCAACAUCCUGACCGCCCAGGGAACGUCAGGAGACGUUCCUAG